UUUAAUUAUGAGUAGUGUAAACACAAAAAAUUAUCAAAUCGAAUCAAACGCAGAAAAAAACCUAAAGUCCUAACAAAGGCCACCAACGGACAGAAGAGAAGAGUUGCGGCACUAACAUAAACACCAAAAAAUGGGUAGCAGUAUGGAGAGGAAGAAGCACAAGAAUAAACCAUUGCCAUCUUUAGGACCCAAAAAAGUAAACAACACAAAGAGGAAGAAGAAGAAGAAGAAGAAGAAGGAAAAAGUGAAGCAAAGCAAUGUCAAAUCUACUGAAAAUGCCAAAGCCAAAAGCAAAAGCAAAGUAGUAAAAGAUAAGGAGUUAAACGAUGUCAUUCGUUUCCCCACAGCAGCACAACAGUUGAAGUAUUUCCAUGAAGAGUAUGAAUCCGCCAAUAGGGUUCAGCUUUCUUCCCUCGAGCUCGAAUCCUUUACAGAGACAUGCAUGCUUGAGCUAAAUCCUGAACAAGCUCAAAGUAAUAGUGCAUUGGCUGACCAUAUGAAGGUUGCUUUUGGAUCAUCAUGGAAAGAAAUUCUGUGUGAAAAAGAGCUUGAUGGGAAAAUUGAUCCAGGGCAACCUGCACUUCUGGUUAUUAGCUUAUCCGCCUUGCGUUCGUUGGACCUUCUCAGAGAAUUGCGGCCUUUGACAAGUGAAUGCCGUGCUGCAAAGCUUUUCUCAAAGCAUAUGAAGAUUGAGGAGCAGGCUUCUUCUCUCAAGAAUCGCAUUAAUAUUGCAAGUGGGACACCAAGCAGGAUUAAGAAGUUGAUAGACAUGGAGGCACUUGGCCUAUCUCGAUUAGCUGUGAUUGUGCUGGAUAUGAAAACUGACGCGAAGGGCUAUUCGCUGUUGACACUGGCUCAAGUCAGAGAUGAGUUCUGGGACUUGUAUAAGAACUACUUUCACCAGCGGAUAAUGGAAGGUGCAUUGCAAAUAUGCCUUUAUGACGAAAUACCAGCUAAUAUUAAGAGAAAGAAGAGUGACAAAGAUGAGUAGGCUCUUCAGGACUAUAUGAGGAUUCUGUACUAUCGUCGUCAUCCAGCCAGUUUUGACAUCAAAAUGUAUCACAAUUUUGUGGUAGAGGAUAUACAUAAGCAGCAACUAUUUAGGAACCUCUGUAGGAUGUGGUUGUUUAGCUAGGUAAGCCUAUCAGGUAAAAAAGGAAUUCUGCGUUCAAGUGGAUGUCUUUUCGAGAGAUCUAUGACGGAAGUUCAUUUUUUUGGUGAGAUAUUUCUGUAGAAGGAAACAAGUGUACUCAAUUAAGUUAGUCAAUUUUCAUGGAAUGUGAUUGUGAGUUGAAAAUCAAUGCCUAAACUUUGUUCUGUUGCCAAGUUACAGAGUGCUUAGUAGUAUAGGUUUUUGCCCCGAAGUAUCUCUUAAUGCAUCUAUAGCGGUACAAGAUUGAUAUUUUACUUUCACACUUUUAGAAAAGGUAUCUACCUCCAUUA